AUGAAUAUUUCACCUCUGUAUGAGAUGGGCUGUCCCUGCCGUUCCCAGCUGCACGUCUCCUACACCGAGUACUUCAAGCUGGAGCCGCUCCUGGAGUACCACCGCGUUGUCAGCUUGGAGGAGUUCAUGGAGAAGCUGGCGCCCGUCCAUUGGCCUCCGGGCAAGCGAGUGGCUUACUGCUUCGAGGCAGCAGCUCAGAGAAGCGCGGACAAAAGUACUUGUCCCAUGAAGGAUGGAAACCCGUUUGGUCCGUUUUGGGAUCAGUUCAAGGUGGAUUUUGAUAAGUCUGAGCUCUUCAAAGGAAUUUCGUUCAGUUCCGCAUACAAGGACCAUUGGAUCCAAAGGUUUCCACCACCUGAGCACCCUGUACUUGCCUUACCUGGAGCACCAGCCCAGUUUCCAGUCUUAGAGGAGCAUCGACCUCUGCAUAAGUAUAUUGUGUGGGCUGAUGAAAUGGUGAAGAAAGGAGAAGCCUAUAUUCAUUCUCUCCUGGUUAGGCCCUACGUAGGAAUCCAUCUGAGGAUCGGCUCAGACUGGAAAAAUGCUUGUAAUAUGUUAAAGGAUGGGACAGCUGGGCCUCACUUCAUGGCUUCACCUCAGUGUGUGGGCUAUGACCGAAACGCUGCUGUGUCUCUUACCAUGGACAUGUGCCUGCCAGACCUCAAAGAGAUCAAACGUGCUCUCAAGCUCUGGGUCAAAAAGACAGAAGCUAAAUCUGUUUACAUUGCUACCGAUUCUGAGCCCUACACCAAGGAAAUACAGCAGUUCUUCCAAGGAAAGAUCAAAGUUGUAAGCUUGCAGCCUGAAGUGGCCCAGAUUGACUUGUAUGUUCUUGGCCAGUCCGAUCACUUCAUUGGGAACUGUGUCUCUUCAUUUACCGCCUUUGUGAAACGAGAGCGCGAUGUGCAUGGAAAACCCUCCUCGUUUUUUGGCAUGGACUACCCACCAAGGUUACGGGAUGAAUUCUGACCAAAAGAGAAUCAGGCUUGAUAGUUCUCAGAACUCUGAGCUUGGUACCUUAUUGAGGGACCACUCAAUGUUAACGUUGUUCUGCAGCGUGUAGAACAUUCAGCUGACCUGUGGCAGACUGGUUUCCAGACCUUUGUUACUCUUCACAGUGACUUCUAGACUGUUCUGUCUGACUUCUUGGUUCUCCCAUACUUCUGGCAUGGGAUCAGAUAGAAAGGAAAUUUUAAAUCAUGUCGUUUCUAGGAAGCUAUAAACUAUGUAGUUUAUAAGCUAUAGUUUAUAUAGUUCUCAUUAUAUGGGGUUUGUCAACGAUUACAAUCAAGCAGCUGCUCAGCUUUCUUCUCCUUCAUCUUAAUCAUUUUACCUGGAGAGGCUGAGAAGCUUCUUGUUGUCUAAAACUGACCGUAAGUUCUCUUUAAGUGCCAAGUAUUUUCAGGAGGAUUGUGGUCCCUGAAAAAGAGUGCAAGAUAAAGCUCAGGCUUGGGAGUUAGAAGAUCUGGGUUUUAUCGAGUACUGCUGCUGCCUUACUGGAGCCAAAUCACCUCUGUGCCUCAGUUUCCGUUCCCCUGUGAAAAGGGGUCUAGCACUUGCUUCACAAGUGUUGUGAGAGUAAACAUUUGUGGAGCGCUCUCAUCAGUGGUGCUACAGAAGUACAGUGGGGUCACGUGGUAACGUUGCCAUGGCCUGUUCAGCCAGUCUUAGUACGUGGAGACUUGGGGAAGGUGGGUUUAGAGGGAUACAGACAAGUAAUCUUUUGUAGACAGUCAUGAGUUGGAGACUGAAGGCUUUGUAGCUGUUAAUUUGAGGUGGAGGUCUAUGGUAGAAAUGUAGCUUUUUUUUUUUUGAAGUUAAGAAUUCUAAAAUAGCCUUAGUGUAGGUUGGUGUAUGUCUUAUUUAGGUCCACAUUAAUGGUUUUCUGAUUUUUGUUGUUGUAAAAUAAUCCCUCUGACAACACAGUUGUCCGUACGGUUGGUUCCCAUUGUAGCUAUCUGUGGAGAAUGUUAGCUAAUGGUGAAACAGUAACCGAAACAAUUACAAUUUGACCCAGUACAGUUUAGUGCUGGUAACACUGAUAGACCCUGUCCGAUAAAUCUCAGUUUGACCAAUGCCUUUGGUUACUCCUAGGAUUUUUCAAAGACUGAGUGUAGAACUUAAUGUUUACUUUUUAAAAAUGGAGACUAGAUAAAGCUGCGGUACCAGGGUGGCUUCCUCUGAUGCACUGUUAUGGUCUAUAUAAUGCUCUCUCAGAGCAUUUACUUGAGUUUAAUUCUGAAUGCCUCCCCUUUUUCCCCCUCUCCCUUUGGAAGUGUUCCUGUGGCUCGAAGGAAUUUGAAGUUUCAAAGGAGCAAAAGAGGUCUGAGUUAAGUAAGAUACCCAAAGUGUUAGGGUGGCAUAAAUUUGUGUCUUAAUUCCUCAGUGCUAGCUCCCAGAAACAUAUGGGACUUGGUUGUUGCAGGGAAUCUAGCUGUAUCCAAGGUAUUAGGCUAAUUAGCAGUUACCUAAUUGGAAAUCCAUUAAGCCAAAAUACUGUGUGUUGUUAGGAAUUAUGUCAUAUUUUGAUAUGACCACCGAAGUUACUUCUUUUCGCGGGCAUGGCAUGGCAGUUGUUGACAAAUCAGGCAGAACAAGCACAAGGAAUUAUGGACAGUUUAUUUUGUCAGGCCAAAUGGCCUCUCCUGCAGGAGAGACCCUUCAUCCCGAUACAGCCUUCAGCUUAUACACAGCUGGUCAUCAUACAUAUUCAAUUUUCUUUUUUUUAUAAAGUUCUUCCCUAAUAUGGGGCAAAAAAAUAGAUUUCAAACUUGCGAUUGGUUGUCUCCUGCAAGGAAGCUGUUAAAUGUUCAGCUGUAUAAGGUCAUUUCUUCUUUCUUUGCCACACAGGCCUAACAAACAACAAAGUUUUUGUUAUUCAUCCUUAACAAAGGUUACCAAACAUGGUGAAUCAGCACUGGCAGCUAUUACACAAAAUGGUGAUUUUUCCCAAGCAAGAUGGAGGCAACCCAAAUCUCAGCGUUCCCUCCUUUUGUUUUGUGCAUUCCCGCACCCUAUAUAGGGGCAGAAUACUUCUGUUCUUCAUACUGAUUCGAUAACAGAGCACAACACGACGCAGGCAGUAGACUAUAACGCUAAGGAUUACACGUAUUACAAUGAUGAUCAUUCCUAUCGAUGCUAAAAAUUGUUUGACAACUGCAGUAAGGCUAGGAAACCAGGUGGUUAACCUGGUCUACCGCUCAGCCACUGGAGGAUCUUGUUUGAUAUCUAUGGCCAGAUGUUCCAGCUUCUUAAGGUUUUCUUGGAUUGGCUAUGGUCAGUCGCAUUGAAACAACACUUACCUUCAAAGUCUUCACACUCAUGAUUAACACGUAGCAAUAAAUUAUUCAUGGCAGCUCUA